AGCUGCCAGCCCGCCAGCCGUAGGCCUCUCGCCGCCGCUGCCGCCAUCUUGGAAGCGGGCAGCAGCGCGAUUACGUCACGGCGCCGGGACGCGGCUGUGGCGGCGUCAGACCGGGAUGACGCGAGGCGAGCUGAGGUUUGCUUCUGCUCUGGACAUGGGGGAAUACGGAGUCACACCAGGCCAGCGCGUGGCCAUCAUCUGGGAUAGCUCCUCGCCAGUUGAAGCCCUGAAGGAUUUGGUGGAUAAAAUUCAGGCACUGCUGGGAGCUGAUAAUCCCGUGUCUGUGGAAAAUGUCAACCAGCUGUCUCAGUCAGCUCACGAGGAGUCUGUUUUUGACGUGAUUCUCUCUGGCAUGGUACCAGGCAGUACAGCACAGCACAGUGCUGAGGUGCUGGCAGAAAUAGCCCGGAUACUGAAGCCAGGGGGUUGUGUCCUCCUGAAAGAACUGGUGGUUACAGAAUCAGGAAACAACAGCAGAAUCAAGACAGCAGCCAAACUCCUCACGGCUCUGACUCUCUCUGGGUUGGUGGAAGUGAAGGAGCUGCAAAAGGAAGCAUUGACCCCAGAGGAGGCUCAGUCAGCCCAAGAACAUUUGGGUUACCAAAGCAAUGAUCUCCUCAUUGUUCAGAUAGAAGGCAAGAAGCCUGAUUUUGAAGUGGGAUCCUCAAGUCAGCUCAAACUUUCCUUUGCCAAGAAACCUGCUGCUUCAGGAAAGCCCUCUGUGGAUCCAGCCACUGCCAGGCUGUGGACACUCUCUGCCAAUGAUAUGAACGAUGAAGAGAUGGAUCUUUUGGACCCUGAUGAGCUGUUGGAUUCAGAGGAUUUGAAAAAGCCAGAUCCAUUGUCCCUCAGAGCUCCAUCCUGCAAAGAAAUGGGCAAGAAGAAAGCCUGCAAGAACUGCACAUGUGGCCUGGCUGAAGAACUGGAACAGGAGAAGAAGAAUGCACAGCCCAAAUCUGCCUGUGGAAAUUGCUACUUAGGGGAUGCAUUCCGCUGUGCCAGCUGCCCUUACCGGGGGAUGCCAGCCUUCAAGCCUGGGGAGAAGAUCCUCCUGAAAGAGAACCAGCUGCAUGAUGCCUAACCAAGACAUCUUUGGAUGUCCCAUGAAUGACUCCUCUGCUCUUUCAUCAGUCUGAAGUUCUUCCUGCAGUUCUCAUCUUCUCAAACUCAUGCUUUCCAGCCCAUACUUGUGGGAAGGGCACUCUGGGCACUGACACUGCUGUGAGCUCAUAAUUUGUAGUCAGCCUUGGGAUACCUUAAUAAUCUUCGGUGACAAGUGGCCUCAUAUGUAUUAAGACUUCAGCAUGUUAUGUUUUGUUUUAGCUGGCUCACUUUCAUAGUGGGACACUGACCAUCACAGCAUGUCCACCAGCAGACAGAAGUAGAGUCAAGUGUCAAGUUGUGUGUGUGUGACAUGACUGUACUUCCCCAUGCCCAUGCUGUCCAGCUUUAGUUUGUCCUGAUUUUUCCCUGAUGAAUCAGCAGUUCUGCCUCACUCAGGGUGGCACUGGGCUCCUGCUGUCUUUGAAAUGUGAACCUUCAGUUUCUUGCCAUGUAAAGGUGGCUGAGCAGCCUGUGUGAAGUGUGGCAGGCACAAUGAAUUUCCCAAGUGUUUUGGGAGCCUGACCUCAUCCAUUUCCAUGAAAAUGACAAAGGCUAAGUCCCACUGGGAAAACUCCUGCCCUUAAAGCAGGGAGCAGAUUAAAUAAGAUCUGCCUGGUCCUCUCACACCUUUCUGUUCAGCUAAACUGAUAACACAAGGGCAGUCUGAGCCUGCUGCCUCUCUCUGUGGCUACCAAGUCAGUUACCUUCAGUGUCCAAUAGGUAAGAACACAGCAGUAAUUCUAGACUAUCUGCUCCAACACACUAAGAUACUGAGAACUAUUUAUCUGUGCUAUCAGUGAAGCACCCACGAGGUGCAGGGUGAGGGACUGCUCUGUCUGGGCUGCUCACCCAGAGCAGGAGCGGAGGAAAACCCAAUGCUGGUGUCUCUGGGGGAUUGCUGUGUUGGGAGCUCUUGCUCUACAGGAUGUGAGUGCUUCUUGUGCCACCUGAGUUACACACUGAUGUCCAGAGGGAGCUGGGAUGAAAGGCCAUGUUGUCCUUGAAAUAAAAGUGAUAGUAAAAUGUUUGUUUUCAGA